AUGGGCACCGUCAGGAAGUGGAAGCAUUUCAAUCACACUUGGCACAGGAACCGGAAGCUCAACAGUUGGCCCAACAUGGGCACCGUCAGGAAGUGGAAGCAUUUCAAUCACACUUGGCACAGGAACCGGAAGCUCAACUCCGGUCUCUACUCCCGUAAACGCGACUUUCACAAUCGCACCGGAACUAACAACCGGUGGGCCAAGUGCAACAGCCUCAUCGCAUUUCUCCAGUGGCGUCGUGUCACAACGACUCCAUCGUCCUCGGGAAUAAGGUCCGGAAUCCAAGAGCAGCAGAAGCCCAAAGGCUCCGGUAUCUACUUUUCUCCCUACGACAUCUUGCAACGAAACUACAUUCUUGACUCGCGUUACCUCUCAGAAGCCUUCCAGGGCUUCUGCCUCGCGAUGGUGGAAUACAACGUCGGAAACGCGGCGCGGCAGUGGUACGGCAAUCAGCUUGACUACAUUCAUGACUGA